AUGCCUGUGCCAGAUCCACGGGCGGGGCAAGCAUUCAUCUGUCUUAUUACAUUAUUUCUUUUCUUGUCGAUUGCUGUCGGAGGAGGUUGUUUAAUUGCAUACACAGUCCUUCCAUACCCACCAAUCUGGCUAGCCUACCUAGGCAUUUUCUUUGUUUGUCUCCCUUGGUUCUUUUGGAUCCUAACAUUUUCAUACCGUAUUGUUUCACGCUCUUUUGGAUUUAGGAUGGUCAUUGGAUCCGGUGGUAACAAUAACAAUCCCAAUGGUGAGGCCAAGCCACGCGAUCUUGACCCUCCCGAGCAAUCUUUAGAGUCUCCUGAUGGUGAUCCAGAGGCGAUGGUUCGUCCACAAGGUCAAAUUCUUAUGUCGAUGGAAGGGAACCAAUCUAAGAAACGGAUGUCAACCUCCAGCGUUGGUUCACAUGAAAGUGAGAUGCCACUAGCCAAUUCUAUGGGUUCAUGA